CCACCUCUGUGAUCAGUGGGUGAGAGGGGGGAGACGAGCAACACACAGCGGAGAACCCGGCGUGCACCUCCGGUAAAUGACGCCCACCAUUCAUACCUUUCCACUUACCCUUACGCAUGCCUUUUGUAUGACAUGUCAGUGUCUGGGAGUACCAGUCUACUAUCCUCAUCCUCCUAUUUGUUGUUCCCUUAGUCAUCAUCUUGUUGGCUCAUCCUUUCAUCACACCACCGGUCCUGGAUCCCCCUGCCUUGGUCCUGGAGACGCCUGAGUCUGCAGCAGCGCACGAUCUGCUUUAUUUCCAGCCUAUAUCUGAAUGACGGGCGGAAGGUUUGACUUCGACGACGGAGGCACUUACUGCGGGGGGUGGGAGGAUGGCAAAGCCCACGGACACGGCAUCUGUACUGGACCCAAGGGCCAGGGCGAGUACGCCGGGUCCUGGUCUCACGGCUUUGAGAUAGUAGGGGUCUACACCUGGCCCAGUGGGAAUACCUACAAAGGCUAUUGGUCUCAGGGGAAGCGGCAUGGGCUCGGUGUGGAGAAUAAAGGCAAGUGGAUGUACCGAGGAGAGUGGAGUCACGGUUUUAAGGGUCGGUACGGCAUCCGGCAAAGCCACAACACACCUGCCAGAUACGACGGUACCUGGAGCAACGGGCUGCAGGAUGGAUAUGGAAUCGAAACGUACGGUGAUGGAGGUACCUAUCAAGGCCAAUGGAUGGGUGGAAUGCGACAUGGCUAUGGCGUGCGUCAAAGUGUUCCCUAUGGCAUGGCCACUGUUAUCCGCUCUCCACUCCGUACGUCUCUGGCUUCUCUGCGCUCUGAGCAGAGCAACGGUACAGUGCUCCAGGACCUCUCCUCCCCUGCAGAUACACCAACAGGCAGCCGUGGCGGCUUUGUCCUUAACUUCCACUCAGACAGUGAAGUCGUCACUGGAAAGAAGAAGGGCCUUUUCCGUCGGGGUUCACUCUUCGGCAGCCUCCGGCAGUUACGCAAGUCUGACUCUCGGACCUCAAUCUCAAGCAAGCGCAGCUCUGCACGCAGUGAUGCUACAAUGAGCCGUAUCAGCUCCAGUGAUGCCAACUCUACCAUAUCCAUUGGUGAUGGUGAGCUGCCAGAUGAGGACCUACCUCUGGAGGACCAUGUGGAUGCCACCACAACUGAGAGCUACAUGGGCGAGUGGAAGAACGACAAGCGCAAUGGAUUUGGUGUUUCAGAGAGAUCCAACGGGAUGAAGUACGAGGGAGAAUGGCUUAACAAUAAGCGGCAUGGUUAUGGGUGCACAGUUUUCCCAGAUGGCACCAAAGAAGAAGGGAAGUACAAAAAUAACGUGCUGGUGCGUGGAAUUAGGAAGCAGUUGAUUCCGCUUAAGAACCCCAAAACCAAAGAGAAGGUGGAUCGUGCUGUGGAGGGGGCACAGAGAGCAGCAGCCAUUGCCAGGAGUAAAGUGGAAAUAGCAGCUUCCAGAACGGCCCAUGCCAGGACAAAAAGUGAGGCUGCAGACCAGGCCGCCAUCUCUGCUGUGCAUGACUCUGAAAUUGCCAGGGCAGUUGCAAGGGAGCUUUCACCCAACUUCUACCAACCAGGACCAGACUACAUUAAACAACAGUUAAAGGAGGCCGUUGAGAUUAAAGAGGUCCCAGUUGAGAAGAAAGAAACCUCCCCGAGAGAUUCUCCCCACUUUUACCGUAAAGGCACCACUCCUCCUCAUUCACCUGUGACCAGUCCCGGAGGCUCACCUCCCCCCUCGCCUCACUCUAGCAAGAAGAAAGGUCUGCUUGCCAACAGCACGAGCCGCAAGACGAGCAAGGAGGAAAAAUCAUCCCGCAAGAUUAGCAAAGAUGAGAAGUCAAGUCAUAAGACAAGCAAAGAUGAACGGUCUAGCAGAAAGCUGAGUAAAGAAGAAAGGCCCGCCAUUACUGAUGGGCUUGAAAGUGCACCUCAAGUCAAGGCUCCCCCUAAACCUGGUAAAGUUCAGCAGCCAACCCCUGCAUCCGCUCCCCCUCCACAACCUCCUGCUAUUCCAGUCAAUGGCGAGCUCCACUCUGAGUAUCACAGUUAUUAUGUCAAGGCCCCAACAAAGGUCCGUCCACCCCCAGAUCCUGAGGAGGACUUUGAGGAAGAGCCUAGUGCCCUGGCCCUGGCACGCAUGCCCCCACAACCUCCCAAAUCCUAUAGUACACCCACUCCAAAGCCAGCCUCCGUACGGGAGGGGAAGAGCGACCAGAAACUCAGGAAGCAGGAUUCCCUAAAGCCAAAGAGCCUCGCAGACACAAAGAAAGCCAGUAUGGAGCUUGCAGAAAAUACAGAAGAAACAGGUCCUAACUCUGUCCUUGUUGCUAUGGUAAUGCUGCUGAAUAUUGGCCUUGCAAUUAUAUUUGUCCAUUUUCUGACAUGAUGAUGUUAUCUCUCAGUUUUAUAUUGCAGUGAAACCAUGGCAACCGGUACAGUUGCAUCGCCGGCCUUGAAAAAUGAAAAUGGCGCCAGUGAGACACGGGGGCAGCCGUAGGUGUUUGGGAAUCAGCAUGACACUAGAGAGAAUGAGGAAGGCAACGCUACCACCAACCUGUCAUGGGCCUUCUUUUGGCCAGUCCCGUGAAUUAGCACUCUUUGGCUCGUCGAAAAGCUGAGGUGACAUGCCGUGUCUAGUGAGAUAAAAAAAAUAAAAAAGUUUAAAAAUGCAACCGAACAUACACAGUCUGAAAAAAGAAGUAAUUGAAACCCACAUGUAUGCUGAUCCAAGCACUGGUCUCUGUAGCCCACUCCCACUGCUUUGGCAGAGAUAGCGGUGGGCUGACGGACUUUGCCGGAGAGUAUGGAGAUGCACUUUUAGAUGAUGGGAGCAAACAGCUGCCUUUCUAUUUUGCCAUCUGACGUUUUGAUGGGGAGAUGUGAGCCCAGCGGCUGGGGGGACAGUCGCAGCGGGAGCAUGCUCGGGUGUUUGGAGCGUUUUCUGGGGUUCACACCACUCUUGCUGCAGGAAACUGGGCAUGGCCAUUGCCAGCAGUCAGUGCUAGCACGGUCACUAGCCAGUCUUACUCUGUCAACCACUCAUCACCGCAGAUUUCUCAAGCUCUGUCCACUGUAACCCAGGAUACACUGCUUUGAAACACUCCCCGUGCAUGGUACAGUUUUAACAUAUUGUUUUUGUUUGUUUUUUGUUUUAUUGUAGUUUUGUUCAUCGUUGUUACCUGAAUGUUGGUUACUUGCAGUCAUACACCUGUAGUGGCAAAGGAAAUUUCUUCUCUUCUCAGAAUAAAUUAGUUUUCUCUUUAAUUUUGAAAUUGUACUCAUUUCUAAAAA